CCUUUGGGCCUUGUUUUUUAUGGCCUAAUUAAUUCAGCAUAAAAGGUCCAGAUUUCGUCAGUUUUGUUCAUAUUUCGUCCGAAAUCUUGAAUCAAUCGUCUUUUGAAUCGCCAAAGCAGCCAAGAAGCAAAGGAGCAGAAGCAUGGGUUCCGAGAAGAUGAUCGAGAUCUGUAUCGAUAUGGAAGAAGGAGAACCACUUGGUGCAACUCCGAAUGACAAGCUUGUCAUCACUAAAAUCCAGGCUGGAACUAUUUCCGAAGGAAAGUUGAGAAUUGGUGACCAAGUCAAAAAAGUCAACGGGCAAAACUGCAAAGAUUGCAAUGACUUUUUCCGUGCACUUCGCUUUGCAGCUCCAUGUGCAAAAAUUAUGGUGAACCGCGAUGAGAAGAAGGCCGAAGAGUUGGAGGCUCGUGUUCAUAUUCCUGAAGAUCGUGCAAAGAUCAUUCAACGCCGUGAAGGAUACGUCUAUGAGUUGGCAACUCUUGUUUGGGUUCAAAAUGGACCAAAACUUGGUUUGGGAAUCAAGCAUUUCCAGAAUCGUGUGCUUGUCUCCCGUGUUGAUCCUGGAUCACUCGCCGAAAAGUGUCUCGUUCUUGGAGAUCACUUGUGUGAUGUUGAUGGUAUUCCAGUCAGUGACAAGGAUGUUGCCAGAGACCUUCUCGUCAAGAACAUUCAAGAAAAGGGAAAAGUCACUUUCGUCGUCGAGCGUCCCGAUUCGAUUGAUGCCAAGCAAUGGGCAAAGCAGGCAUUGGCAACCAAUCUUAUGCAGCCACCAUCUGUGCAAAUGAACGAGGAUGUGAAGGGCAUUGCGUCUCAAUACCGUCAAGCUCUUCCAGGAUUGAAGCCUCCAGCAAAGAGUGCUAUGUCUACUGGUCCAAGCGCUCGUCGCGUUUCAAUUGUCGAGCAAACUCAAACACAUGAAAUCGGGCAUGAUCAUGAGGGAAAAGCUCUUCGCAAGGUCAAGUGAUGUGCCAGCAAGAUGCCAGAAAUCGCAACGUCUAGCUCGAAUAAAAAUUUUGUUUGAAUCGCUUCUGCUGAUUUAUUUUGUUUUAUAUGUUCGAAUACAGAUAGUUUUUUGGGUAUGUGAAACGCCCACAAAAUGGCUCCUUUUAGGCAGGAGUGGUCAAAAUACUACCGUAUUGCAGACGA